CAUCCAUACCAAUUAUAUCGAUCAUGGCUUCCGCCUACUAUUAUAACCCUGCAGCAGGGAAUGCACAAAAUCCCAAUAUGCCAACAAUGCACAACAUGAAUCAAAUACCUAUGGGGAUGCAACCUUAUGGCCAGCCGCAAUACCGAGGACAAGUGCCAGUUCAAGAUCCAGCAGCAAUGCGAAAACGCACCCCUAGCAAGAGCAAACCCUCUGGGCCACACCCUCAAAAUGAAGAAGCAGACGAACCUUCUGGCGAUGAAUUGGACGAUAUUUCUACUAGAGAUAUUGCAAUGGCACGAUAUAAGCGUAACCAUGAUUACUUGUCUGAAAUUUUCACGCCUUAUACGUCGUCCUCAAUUAUUCCACCACCGUUCAAUUUGUCAAAGUCAGAGGAAGAGUUAAAUCAAUCUAUUAAGGAGACGGAGGAUGAAAUCACGCGAUCGAAAGUACAACAUACCGAGAAACUUAACUCUAUAAGGCAGAAAAUCGAUGGCUUCUGGAAAAAUAUGAAUGAAGUCAAGGAUAUUUCCGAUUUGGAGGUGAGUUAUCUCUGAUACGUAAUGGUCUGCCGUCGAUCUGCGAUGUUUAAAUUCGUUUGAAAAUAGGGUGUUUUGCGUUCACAGAAAAGCAUGGAAGAAUCAUCAAAUCUGAAAAUGGAGCAUAAUGCUGAACUCGUCCACCAUGUUCAAAUACCAGGAUUAGAGGCAGAAGAUCCAAUUCCAGAUCAUACAUCCAACUUGAUCCGAAACGUGAGCUCCAUACCUGGGGUGGACUCUCAAAUCAGCAACGAACCACAACUAGAG